CGGCGGGGAGGGGCCGGUGCCGGGGCCGCUUUCCGCCCGGUUCGGGCCGGGGUCCGGCAUGUGGCGGCCGCAGCCCCGGCCGGGCGGGCCCGACAGGCGGUGCCGCGGGGGGGACGCGGCGGGCCCAGAUGACCCCCAGCAAUUAAUGCCGGCAGGCUCUCUUCGUAAAAAGAAGCUGGCAAGAAGACCUGGAUACAUGAGACCAGAAGUUCAGCGACAGAUCGAGUUUCAGUCCCUCGGUGCCUGCCCMCGGUUCAGCCCAGCAGAGCUCCAGCACGGCCGGCAGCACUGUGGAGGCUCUGAGAACUGCUCUCUGUGCAGACAGUGCCAAAAUAACKUAGAGUUUCUGUGCUGUGGUGCAGUGAGUAGUGCUGUAGUUCCUGCUAAUGGGGUGACAACAUUGGCCACUACUGGAAAUACGCCAGGAUGCUGURGAAAUCUUUCAUAUUGGAAUAAUCCACGGUCAGAAAGCACAGUGACAGGGGUUUACCCUGCUGCCAGCUCAGGCAAAGGAGAUGCUUCUGCUGGGUUYUGUACACGUCAGAAAAGCCACAGCACUAAAGUGAGCAAGCCCCCAAACAUGUAUGCUUUGGAUCAGACAGAAGUGAAUAACAACUGUGAAUAUCAAAACAGAGGUGGUAUUUCUCAUUAUGCUGGUGUGCAYGAUAGCUUCCGUUCAAGCUUCAGCUUCAUACAGCUCUCCCUGAACUCRGCUUCUGGAGUAAAUGACAUUGAAGGCAAAUCUGUUGAAGAAGCUGAGAUUAUUCUGCAUCCCAAAAGCAUAGGAAAUCUGCAGAAGCCAGAAGUGAUGGCACAAACUCACRAGCAUUUGGGCAAUCUGUGUUGCUUCCCCAGGUCUGGUGAGGAUUUGCGGCAUGAACGUGAGAGCCUAGUAAAUGAUAAAUUGCAGGAYUUUGAGACACUCUCUGUCUCGGAUAUAGAUGCAACAUUUUCAUAUUCUACAGAUUCCUCAGAUGCAGCAUCUGCUGGCUCUUCUGUCACCUCAGGCUAUGAAAGUAGCUUUACUGUUAGUGACCACAACUGGGAUACUUUGAUGAAAAAAUAUGAACCAGUGCUACAGGAUUGCUUGCUUGGCAACCGCAGUACAUUAAAGUUAAAAUCUUUGAUCUUUCGGCUUCAGAGGCUUCAGGAAAAAGCAAUAGAGGAAGAUGACUAUGAUAGAGCUGRUAAAUUUAGACGGAAACUGGAAGAACUGGAGAAGGAGAAAAAUUCUUUAAAAUUUCAGCUUCCUUCAAGGCAUCCUUCAGUUAGCAGUUUUUUGGAUAGGUUCRUGACCCAAAUUCAGGCAACAUUGCGCUGGGCUGCUGAUGAUUGGGUUAGACAUGAAGAGAACGGUCUUUGUCAUGAAAAAGAGCAUAAGCUUUUGAGAUCAACUUACCAGGAGAGGAUGCAGGUUUUGACCACAAAACAAAACCAGCUUUUYCAAGAAAAGAAACGGUUACAGAAAGAAAUUGAAGAUCUCCGCACAAGACUGGCCAUAUUAGAAGGAAAAGAUCAACAGCUAAGAAGAGAAAUYGAAGAACAAGAUAGGCUUAUUCAGUCACAGGACUGUGAACUGGCUGCUUUACUUGGCUGCRUUUCUUUAAGAGAGCUGCAGGAAAUAAGCAAAGCUGUGGAUGACACUUUAGCAUCCUCCUGUCAAAUUCCAUUCAAUUUAGAUCUUCCAGGAGCAAUAAAGAGCCUUCAGGAAAAAGAACAAUUGUUCAGCACGUCCAUUAAAGAAACUACUGCCAAAGUUUGCACGAGUCAGAAACUCUGCAGUACUUUGAGGAGGAAAGUGAGUGAUAUUGAGACUCAACUACCAGCUCUACUCGAAGCCAAGAUGCUGGCUGUUUCAGGAAGUAAUUUUGGCACUGCAAAGGAUCUUGCAGAAGAAAUAAGAUCACUAACAUCUGAGAAGGAGGGACUGGAAGGACUUCUCAAUGAACUGUUGGUUCUGAGUGCCAGAAAUACACGAAAAUUAGAGAGAAUUAAAGAUGAUUACACCAGACUGAAACAAGAACUUGAACUAGGAGAGACUGCCUUUGUGGCCAGUGUAAAAGAAAAUGCUGAGAAGUACAUGGAGAUUCUGGAGGAUAAACUACAUAGCUGCGGGAGCCAGCUGCUCCAAAGAGUGUGGGAAGCUGACUUGGAAGCCUGUCAGCUGCUGAUCCGAGGGUUUCAGCUGAAAGAAACCAGUUGCUGUGUUUUUGAGGAAGAAGAAAACCAAAUGGAUGAGAUGGAAAUGACUGCUGAUGCCCCACCUGACUCUGAAAAAAGAAAAGAAGGUCACUUUCUAAAGGGCACGGAGUGGGAUGCUGUUUCCUGCCCCAAACACCGUGAGCUGAAAGAGGUUAUGGAAGACAUUUCAUUUGGAACAGAGGGUCAUUUAUCUGAGGAGUUCUUCAUAUUUUCUGCAGAGCUGGGAGAAAAAUGUGAAGCAAUAAGUGAGAAAUUGGUGCAUCUGGAAGAUCAAUUGCAAAGUUCCGCCUGCAGAGUUGAUGAAGGAGUUAUUCAUAUCCUUUUUGCUAUAGCUAUAGAUACGUAUCAAUCUGUGUAGGUACGUACAUGAAAUACUUGCCUUCCAGAUUCAUKUGGAAUGAUAGCUGUUAGUGUAGAUUAGAUACAUUAAGAAUGGGAGAAUUGAUUGUCUUGCUGAAAUGGGCAUUUUUGUGUAAGUUUUCCUGUAAUGCAUUUUCACUGUGGUCUGAUCCAGCUUUAAUUG